CACUUCGUCACCAAUUCCUGCAACACACAAAAAAUGCAAGAUGCAGGCGUGAAUUCGAAUUGGAAAAAAUUCUCUGAUUACAGCCCCCUGAUUAAUUGAAAGCCACGCGUUGCCGAAACGGCAGCCCAAGUGCUCUGAGCGAGGAUUGUGCCCAAAAACGCGUUCGGAAAGCAACGCCAUGCGGAAGCGCAGCUCACGGUGUAACUCUGAUACUUUCAAGGAGCACCAGAUGGAUUCCAACGGUGGUGACGACAUCAGCCUGCUGCAGCGACCUUUGCGCACCGCCCACACGGGAUUCGAGGAGGCCCGUCGUGCCUAUGAGGAUGGCACUAGUGAGGUGCGCCAGUUACUCAGUAUGGAGUGCAGCUUGAUCUACGAGUGUAAGGUGUGCCGGAAUAUGUUUCGCAGCCUGGCCAAUUUCAUCAGCCAUAAGCGUGUCUUUUGUUGCGUCAGCGCCCGCUUGGCGAAUGGUAAUGGAUACACAGAUCUAAACUCGACGAUGAUAAUACAGCCCGGCAGCGGACCUUCUUCACAAGAUAUAGAAAACAUGUUGCGCAGCAGGAGUACAGGUUGCUCGCCAGUGCCGCGUCCUAUAAAGGGGGGAGGUGGAGGAAUACGCGAUCUCAGCGGCGUCAUUGAACGUUUGCGUAGGGAGAAAGCUCCAAAGCAAGUUCGAAGAACUUCACCCACAGUCCUGCAACUGGAAUCGGUGCCCACCUCCAGUCAGGCCGUUUAUCAAACUGUCAAGGUUCAGGACCAGCACGACAGCAUACGAACGGAACUGGACGAGGUGCAUCGCAUGCUUAAUCCCAACGACACUGUAGUGGGACCCGAUGGAAAAGCCAUGAACCCAGUUAAAAUAGAACGCCACACUGGCAGCGACUCUGGAGAAACUGGGGAACAGUCAAUCAGUGACGAAACGGAUACAGGAAUCUUUUGCGAAAAUUGCAAUCUGACGUUUCAGACGCACAAAACGCUCGAGCUGCAUAUUCAAAAGCAUCAUACGUCCUCAGCAUUUGCGUUCCAGUGUCCGGCCUGUUCGCUGACUUUUUUGCAGGCUGCUGCUGUUAUUCGACACCUAUCCAAGGACCACAAAAAACCAACCAGACGCAUUCGCAUGAUGAGGAAUACGAUCCUCAAGCGCCGCGUUCAGCAAGGCGAUGUUCAACCCAAAGGACCUUGCCGUGAACUGAAGCGGCUGAAAAUGUCCGAUGAUGUGGUAGGCUACGAGCCAGAGCCAUUAGGUGCUGGUGGUGAGAAGCGGAAAAUCAUGUCGCUGUGCAUGUACUGCGAGAAAUCCUUCGAGCGCCGCGCCGCUUUGUCGACCCACUUACUCAAUUGCCGGGCGAAACAAGAAGCCAGGCUGGCCAAACCCAUAGCCUGCGCGAAAAAGUUGAAAGAAUCCAAGAGCAAUGACUCCAGUUUGGAUGCAGGCGACGAAGAUCCCUCAGCCACCAUGGAUUUGCCUAAAAUAGAGAUGGAUGCAGAAGAGCCUCCUAUCGAGAAGUUUGAAAACUUAGCAGAGCCGGCUAAUUCGUUUCCCUCUGGCCUGCAUACAGUCUCAUUGGACAAGCUGCAGAUACCCAACGAAAGCGAUUCAGCCAGCGAUGAGGCCUCCAACAGUGAGGACGAACCGGAAGCCGAUGCCGAAGCUCCAGCCGGCCCUGAAUCUAAUCCCGAUGCUGACAAUUCCAAGGUGAAGGGGAAAAAGAAGCGCAAUGUUCCGGUGGAGAAGCAGUUGCGGUGUCGCUGCAAGAUCUGUCACAAACAGUUCAAUGCCCUCGGCAACCUGCGUCGUCACAUAUCCAUGUUUCAUUACCGCGCCCGCCGCUUCGGCUGCAAUUUGUGCGAAUAUCGUGCUUUUCGGCGCUAUGAUAUUGUAAAUCACCUGGGUUUCACUCACAAAAUCGAGGGCGAUCGCGACAAGCUGACGGAACAGUAUGUGUCCACGCACGAGUGCGAGUAUUCCCGAGAUGAUGUCGACGGGGAUAUAAUUCUACUGGAUAAGGAGGAAAAAACCUCACCAGAGAACGAGGGCAAGUCUACCACAAAGGCGAACGAGACCAAGCCUCUCGUUAAAACAUACGAAAAGCGCUUCAAGAGGGUCAAGACAAUUACAGAACCUACUGGGGGAGAGGAAGGACGCAUAUCUCCUGCCAUGGAAAUUAAAGAAGAGCCCGUCGACCAGGAGCGGGUAGAACCGCCCCCCCAAGCUUCGAACAAGAAACGUCGCAAGUCGCGCAACCAAAUAUCGCCUGAAUCUGGCGAUCAUCACCACCCAGAGAAGCGUCCCACCCGCAAACGGGUGAAGGCAGUUAACAAGGACUUUGUCUACGACAUGGUUAGCUUCAAACCCGAUGCUUCGGGUCAACUGAAUCCAGCUGCCCAGGGCGUAGACUCCAUGCGGGCCAAACUUCGUCGACACCCUCCCACGACGACGACAAGCGGAAAUGAAGAGAACAAGCCCAAACAGUGGGAGGAUUACAUCACGGAGGCCAAGAGGCCGCUGGUGCUGGGCAUCACGCGGCGUAUCAUGCUGGAGCUGGUGAGUCAAGGCCGCGCCGUGUCCGCCACUUUGCCGGAACUGCCCGCCGAGCGUCCGCAGAUUCGGCCACGUCUAGUGUCGCACACCCGCAGCGACGGUGGCCAGCAGCCAGCCCAACCUGUGGAGGCUCCUGCUCCGGAAACAGAAAGCUUCAUCGAGAAGAUUGCCAAAAGAACGGCGGCAGCUAGCAAGGACUCGGCUGUUGUUAACAACCUGUGGAACAAGGUCAACACGGCGAUUGCCCAACAGAAUCAGAACCUAAAGGAGGAACCCGGCCAACUACCGAAACGGGAAGUGGAGAAGGAGCAGGUGGCGGAAAAUAAACCUACCGAAGUAGAGAGACCAAAAAGCCCCCCGCCCUUGCCGACGCCUUCGCCCUCGCCAGCCCGCCAUUGCCCCAACGAACCCAUACCUGAAACGUUGGCAACCACUGGGAUGGAAUGCCUGGACGGCAAGGGCAGUCAAGCGGGAGCUCCGACAACGUUUCCGGCCCUGCCCAAGCCGCCAUCCGUUCUGCAGGCAGCUGCCAAUGGAACCAUCCAGCUAACGCUGGACAGUCUGCUACGAGCUGCUCUGCAGAACUAAACUAAACGGAACCGGAAAUGGAAGCCACCACAAUCUCUGUCAUCAUUUUUCCAACGUUCGCCUUUUCCUUUCUAAUGAAUUUUCGUCGAACUUUUGGCUGGUUGGCUGGUCGCUUUCUGGUCUCCCGUUUGAAGGUAAUUCACUAGUGUCCUUAUUCUAGCUGUAAAACCAACUAAAUAGGAACUAAAUCAAACCAAGAAUCCCUAGAUGAUAGAAACGCUUUUGAGUAUUACGCGGUAAACAAAAACAACCAAAACAAAUUGAAAAAUCGUAGCAUAAUUUUCGGCUAUUAGCAAAUCUUUGUUGUUUGUGUGAAUUGAGAAAAAAGUAAUAAGAUUUUUUAAAA